AUGUGUACAUUUAAAGAUAGAAUAGUUGCUGCAAAGAACUUGGUAGAAUGUGAUAAAGAAUUUCGAAAAAAGUUUGAAGAGUCUGAAAAAAUGGAAAACUUAACGUGCAAAAUCGUCUUCUCGAAUAUUUUUGUACCGAAAAACAGAUUACACACAGAACAUGAGAAUAAUAUGCCUAUAUCAACGAUUUAUGAUCUCCUCGGAGCCAUGUUUUGCUUCCGAGAAGAAUUAGCCAAGCCAUUAGGUGCUGUGCAAAAGCUUAAAGUAGCAAAGGAUCGCAAAUUUGAAGUCAUUGAUUCAGUCCGUUAUUAUAUGAGCUAUAAUAAAGAUGCCAAUUAUCAUUUCUGCAUCGUCACUUAA